GCCAACUACAAAUUUCUCCUUAAACCCUAGAUUAAGUCCCCAACACCAAAACCCUCCAUUUCUCCGACCUUGUUCUCUGAUGUCCAUUCUCCGAAAACUCAACACCAAAUUCCCUAACCCACAAUUUAUAUCCAGUUUCUUCUUCACGCGCUUCUCCUCCUCUGCUCAGUAUGUUGACCCCGGUCCAUUCGACGACCCAUUUCCGGACGAGCCCACAUCGUCCUACUACGACCACCAGGUUUACAAAGCCGGCCGAAAUGGAGAUAUGGCGACAGUAGGCUACCUUCUCAACAAGCGAAUAAAAGACGGGUGCUUCAACACCAUGAAAACCUUCAGCUUCAUCACCAAUACGGAUUCCUCUCUCUCUAUCCUCGACCCUUUGAUCCAAACGUUGUCUCGUUUAGACAAAGGCGUCACGCGCAAGCAGGCUUUCGAUUUGCUUAUAGCACGUCUCUGCAAGAUCGAGAGAAUCGAAGAUUCGCUGCGCGUGGUUCAGACGAUGAUGGAGAAAAGAGAGUUGAACGCCGCCACCUUUCAUCCGAUCGUGAACGCGUUGUCGAAGAAGAAGAGGAUGGAGGAGGCGUGGCGGGUGGUGGAUAUAAUGAGAGUCGCCGGAGUUAAACCGGACGUGACGGCGUAUAAUUAUUUACUGACUGCGUACUGUUCCGAGAGUAAGUUGAGGGAGGCGAGUGCGGUGGUGAAGAAGAUAGAGGAGGAAGGGUUGGGUGCUGAUAUGCGGACGUACGACGCGCUAAUAUUGGGAGCGUGUAGGGUGGGGAAGGUGGAAGGGGGUUUGGUGUUGUUGAGGAGUAUGAUGGAUGCUGGAAAAUCGGUGAUGUAUUCGACGCAUACGCACCUGAUAAAUGGGAUGUUGAGUAUUAGGUAUUAUGACGGGGCGGUGAGGUUUGUGAAGGCAUGUGGAGGGAGGGAUGCAAUGUUGGAUCAAGAGAGUUUUGGGGUUUUGGCUAAUAAAUUGGUGAGUUUGGGAAGGGAAGUGGAAGCUAUGGUUGUUUUGAGUGAAAUGAAGAAAAGGGGAUUGUCGUUCGGUAAAAAAUUGAAUGAUUUUUAUGAAAUGCAUCUUAGAAACAUCAGCUAAGUGGCUCGCUAAAAACAUUGGUAAGAAAGUGGAUACGUCAGCUCUCUAAUGGAUCUGCAAUGACAGAUUAAGAGUACAUCAGUGCCAUCUGGUGUUUCAACUGCUUCUCUUAAAGUUCUUCGUCCAGAUACGUCUCAGAUGGUGAUUUAUGAUCCAAGGCAGCAUCAUGAUACGAGCUUUUACUUUAGUAAAAAUAUAUGCCUGUGAUUUUUUCAAUGGUAUUCUAUUUUUCUUAGCAACUUCAUUGGGCCACGAAUGGAUGGAGUAUCUCAUUUGGUGUUGACUUGUUCAUAUACAUUGGUCAUUAGCAGUAUUGAACUUGAAACUAAAGAUAUCCUUUGCGUAGACUUAUGCAGUCAUUUAUGCAUGAAAUAGUCAUUUAUGCAAUCAUUAGCAGUAUUGAACUUGUUCAUAUGCAGUUUACAAAUCAGUGAUGGCUGCAAACUAUAAAUUCCAAAAGCCAUCAGCAGGUUUAUCCACGAGAAAUUUGUUCUUGUAAGUUAUUCGGAUUCGAGUCAGAUAGACGAUGGAUGUGGUGAGAAUCAUGUCGCCAUGGAUCCUGAAGUUGAGCCGCAAAUUGCAAGGUCCAAAGGACAUCUUCAAUGGAAGGUCGAGCGGUCGGGUCAUCGGACAGGCAUCUCAGGCAUAUGUCCAUCACUGUCUUCAAGGAUUCAGUUGAGCAUUCUUUGAUUAUUGUGGGAUCCACUAUGCUUCUUCGAGCCGUAUCAUCCAUCUUAUUGCUCACUUGUAUCUGCACACAGUUUUUAGUUUUGCCUUAAAACCUAAACCCGUGUUCAUGUUUUUUAUUUUGUUAUCUGUAAUUUUGUGUAUUUGUAUUUAUGUUAUAUUAUAUUUUAAUGAUUUAUUUUGUUAUUUUUAAA